AUGUACCAAGCACAAAUCGACACCUGGGGUGCAGCACCCAAAUACAUCCAAGUCCCAGACCUCCCCCAACCGACCGCCGACGAAGUCCAAAUCAAAGUCUCUGCAGUCGGUAUCCACAACGUCGUCCGCUCGCGAGCCUCAGGAAAACACUACUCCUCGGGCUCCCUCCCCCACAUCCCCGGCAUCGACGGCGUAGGCCACCGCACGACCGACAACAAACUCGUAUACUUCUGGACCUUCGGUACCGGCGUCCUCCGCGAAUACGUGAACCUCCCCAAAACCAGCGUCUACGAACUCCCCGACGAAACCGACCCCGUCCAACUCGCCAGCUCCAUCAACCCGGCCAUGUCGAGCUGGAUGACCUUCAAAGGCCGCACGAAGGACCUCCCCAAGGACUUCACGGUCCUGAUCCUCGGCGCGACUUCCGCCUCCGGCCGGAUAGCAAUCUCCAUAGCGCGAUCCCUCGGCGCGAAGAAAGUCAUCGGCGCGGCGAGAUCCCAAGCCUCGCUAGACACCCUCCCCCUAGACGAAAAAAUCCUGAUCCCUGAAAAUGUCUCUGAGACAGACUUCACCCACCUCGACGACGUCGACGGAGUGCUGGAUUACAUCUACGGCCCUUUGGCCCUGCACCUCUUCUCCUCGCUCAAGACGCCCAAACCCGUGCAAUACGUCCACAUCGGCGCCGUGUCGGGCGUGCAAGAGAUCAAUCUCCCGGGGGCCUUGUUGAGGUCGAAGGAUAUUACGAUAAGGGGGUCCGGGCCGGGGAGUUGGCAGAUGGGGGAUUUUGCGAGGAGUUUGCCGGAGUUGUUGGGGAUUGUGAGUAGGUUGAAGGAGAAGGGGCCGGUGAAGGUGGUGAGGAUGGAGGAUGUGGAGGCGGAGUGGGGGUUUAAGGGAAAGGAGAGGUUGGUUUUUGUGCCUUGA